AUGGCAGUGUGGAAGAAGCUUCUAUAUGUGGAGCAGCCGUUUCCCGAUAACUAUACGCCGGCACUGUUUUUGGAUCAGCUCAAACGAAAUACCACUGUCUCGAAGUACCUGUUUCGAAAGCUUUAUCAUGACUUCAGCUUAGUGGCCUUAUAUGCGCUGCUCUUGUUACUAGUGAACCUUAACUUUCUGGGGAUAUACCUGGGUUACUGGAAAGCUCUGGUGGCUACGGCCUGUGGAACUCUUUUAGCAGGUUUGGGACUCGUGGCGCUCAAUUCAUACACAAAUCUGUACGAGACGGUCAAGCUGAACACGGUGAUUUUGCUUAUGCUCUUGUUACUUUCGCCUGUGCUUCGAUCUUUGACCAAAUCGACCUCGUCCGACUCGAUUUGGGCCCUUUCCAGUGUUCUUACUUGCCUUAACGUUGUGUGUCACGAUUACGCCUUGGAAACGUCUCAAAGCUACAGGGCUGUGAUUUCCACAAAUCUCAGCUUCACCAACGGCAUUGUGCUAGCAUCACGGCUUCUGCUGUCAAUGGAUGCCUUCGUGUUCUUGGUGUUUGCCACCGAGGUCUGUAUUCUAUUCCCCAUGUUCGAUCUACGGCUUCGAGAGAAGCUGUACUCGGCUCACUUCAGCGUGAUGCUCUUCGUUUACGGCGUAGUGGCUAGCGUCAUCUACGUUAUUCAUGGUACCUGGUUUCUGUUGGUGUACGUUCUGGGCGUAAUUUUUGUGCUGAUGUGUCUUCCAUGGUACUUUAUGUCGUUACAGCGGUACAAGAACGAGCUCCAGGGUCCCUGGGACACCGCCAAACCGAAGAUCAAUUCAGCAUAG